AUGCUGGCUGACUACUGUGGUUGCAUUAACGACAUUCGCCGUCUUUUUUUUGCUCUAAUUGACGAAAGUAAGGCUACUCUCGCGGAACCCAAAGCACCUAAUUUCCAAUAUUUCGAACGGCCGAAGUAUCGCUAUCCCUAUUAUGACGAGAAUGGCCGAGGAAAGAUACUAUAUGGUUAUGGUGGACCGGAAUUAUAUCAAUAUAAAACAUUUAGUAUUUUGGAAGGAAUUCAUUAAAUGAUAAUUAUGUUUAAAAAUCUUUAGAAAAAAAUUGAAUAUAAAAUACUUAUAUACCACAUAUAACAUAACAACAUACAAAUAAAUUGUGAUUAAUUUACUUACGACAUAAAUUCGAGUAUAUCUACAUAAUGCAACACACGAGUAUCCUUUCGAUAGCAAUCUAUAUUACUUGAAUAUAAUGAGUCAUUAUUACCAUUUAUUGAAAUGACAUAUUCGUUGUACAUGCAAUUUGCAUCAUAUAACUUUGUCAUCGAAAGUAUAUUCGCAAUUGUGGAAUUAAUAAGGAACAUUGUAAGAGCAUUUAUUUUCGCUGAUUACAACUGUAUUCUUAAAUGCAA